AUGGAGCUUGAGACGGAGCGCGCCAUACAGCAACUACGAUGCGAGAGCAAACCGUUGGAAAAGUACAUUUACCUGCAGAACUUGCAGGAUAUCAAUGAGAAGUUGUACUACCGGAUACUUACCCAGAAUCUUGUCGAGCUCCUGCCGAUUGUGUACACGCCAACAGUCGGUUAA